AUGACCACUUCAAUCUAUCACAAGACGCGGGUUCGUGCCAUUAAUGCGACAUGGUUGCGGCGAUGCGAUGCGUCGCAUUUUCUUACAAAUAGCGAUCGAUUCCUGGAUCGAUACACUCCCUACCACACGAUAUUCGAAGAAUUACCGGAUAGCUACUUUAAAUUAUUCUGGAAGACACGUUUAGCUCUAUACUAUGUGUACACUAACAUCUCCUCAAGUUACGAUUGGUAA